AGUUUAGUUUCGUCGGUCGACCUGCUGCGAUGCCGGUUAUCGGUUCCGUUCCUUUCAAGCUUAACCGAACCGCAAUGAGUUCAGGUGUUGAGUUCAGUAGUGUAAUGUUUGUGCCUAUGCUUAAUUUGAAUAAUCGGGUUCACAGUGCUGCAGCAGUUUGGGAUGUCGACCGUUGAGGAAAAUAAACGGCAGAUGCUAUCAAUGGCUUCGUAAACUCAGUUAAUAUUUAAUUGAUAGUUGUGUGCUUUUAUGGGUGAUAAGUUGAAUAAGGUGCACAUAAUGUUGUUCGUACGUUAAAAUAGUUUUGAAAAUGAAGAUUGAAAUAAGUUGGCAUCUGUGAUCUGAACUAAGUUCAACAGGUUCAGCGAAUAAUGUGACGUGUUCUGGAUGCUUUUAAGGUAUAAAAGUAGAUUUAACGAAACAUAAGCUGCUGAUGAGCUGAAAAAUCAAACCAUCGAAUAUGAAUUCAUUGCAAGUACGUGAAUCGUUGUGCGGAACGUCUAGUAGUGGUGUAAACGGAGCGCGAAAUUGAAGUUGUAGUAGCGGUUUUAGUCAACGUCCAAGACUUCGCCGCCAACCAGUGCACAACACGAUGCAAAGAUGCCUUUCGUGCAGCGUGUUGUGACCCCGAAGUAUGUUGCACGGUCGACAAAACCGUCCCAUUCACGCGGAACAGCUGCGUUGCCGGUUCAAGACUAUGAGUUGGAAGCGAUCACGAACCUAACGCUGAGCAAUGCCCUCCGCCAGCUGGCCUCGCUGGUGCUCAUCUCGAACCAGAUUUUCACCGAACUCAACAAGGAAUUGGCUAGUGUUAGUGAACGAUCACUUGGGAUAAAACAGCGAAUCGACAAUCUUUCCAAACGAGUGGAGGAAUUUGACCCAAAGCAAGUCGCAGUCCCUGAAAGCGAUCUGGUGGCAUUCUCUCAGAUAAAAAACCACUAUAGUACAAAGUACCACAUAGAUACCUGCUUAUUCACUGCCGAAACUCGCACGGAGACGCUACAAGAGUUGUACGAUGCUGCGGCCAAAACACCGGUUUCGGCGAUUGCGGAAAUGGACCGUAUCGCCGGUUACAACGAAUCUGACCACCUUGGUUCGGAUGCUUUCCUAUGUACGCCGGUUUUGGGUCAAACGCGACGGAAACUCCGAGCCAAGGUCGACAUGGACAUCGAAACCAGACUGCCUUCCGCAGUUGAAGACUUGAGAAAAUGGACCUCAAUAGAAGCUAUCGGUGAUACAACAGUUCCUCCAGACUGCACGGUACGAUUGACUGGCAACGGUUCCGUGAUUUUGGGAAAUGUUUCACAAAAUGCUAGCCCAUCGUACCAAGCGGGUACGAGUGCUUCGUUUGAUGAAACCGACGACAUCAUCAUGGUGGACAGUAGUUCCAGGGGACUGGGACGAGAACAGGAUACACCACUUGACCAUAGGUUACCUUCGCCGGAGGAACAGUGUCAGAUGAUUGCACUCAAAUUUCCAGCCGAAACCAUCAAAGUGGAUACCUCCGGCAAAAGGUUCGAUAGGAUGUGUGCAACCAGGAAAUCGUUGCUUCAUUUUGUGUCAACGUCCGAACAAGCUGAAACCAACGCUGCUGGCGGUCAGCAAGCAGAUGGAAGUGACGGCGAUACGAUACGACGGCGAUCUAGACCACGACGAUCGAGGGGAAAACGAAGAAAUACGAUCGCAGGAACGGACCAGAAGGAAAUUGCGGAAGUGGUUAACAAUGGGGACGAAGUCACUGCCUGCUCUACUACUGUUGCUACUAACCUGGUGCCUCGAAGCAAAUCAAGCGAUAUACUUAAAAAAGAUUCACCGACGACAUGCGCAUUGGACAAUACUUCAAAACACACAACUAAACUGUCACACUUUAAUUCCCUCAAGCAGUGGGGCCGCAAUCGACUAAGGAUGAUAAACCGCGACUCAAAAGACAAAGUACAUGAUAUUGAUGACUUCAAUAUCUCUGAUACGACCAAGAACACCAAACGUAAAGUCUCUGAUAAAGAUAUUAAGCUUUCGCACGAUCGAAAGCCUUCCUAUUCUUCGUCAGAGAGAAGUAUAACUGUCGCUUCAAGCACUGGUGCCACCACUAGCAUGCCCGCUUCGAUCAACCCGGUAAAAUUGCGCGAAUCUUCCUCCAUCCGAAGGCAACGAAGAACCGCACUUGGAAAUAAAGAUGAACCGCACUCAUCCAGCGGCAAUUGGAGCGCAAGCUCCGAAUCUGGUAGAACAUCUAUUGGUAGCGAAAUAACUACCACCACUCACCCGAAAUCAAGUGCCUCUAGUACAUCACUUAAUCAUAAUCAUCACACAAUUUCUAGUGGACCUCCUAGUUCCAUUAUAAGCCGACGAAGGUUCUUGAACACUUCAGCGUCAAGUAGUGUCACAAGCGAAGGUACUGCGACCCCAGAUCUACAAAUGUACGACUAUCACGAUGAAGGUGGUGAAACCAGUUCAGUGUAUUCUUGCGAUACCGAAGGUUACUAUACGUCUUUCCAUGUCGAUUCUGGGCUGAAAACGUUGAAAGAGGAAGAACCUGUAACUCCAAUGCAUUCCACAACGGCUCUCUCAAGCACCACUUCAUUCGAAAGUUCUGGAAAUCAAACUGUGAUUUCUCCAGAAAAUGAAUACGAACUUUUUGGGCGUGGGUCAACAUCGACCACGACUAGUUCGGCUGGAACCAUUUGUACUGUGCUGGUCGAUGGACAUCGUAAUUCACUAAUUGGUCCAACUGUACCAGAACGGAAAAGUUCGCUUACCAAGCUGAAUCGCAGUAAUAGUUCAGCCAGUAAUGGUACUCUAGAAAGAAGCUAUUCCAGCAGCACCGUUGGAAGUACAUUAGAAAGAACAGGAACAAUAAAACGUAAUGGUCAUUUGUUACAAAAAGAAGUAGCAGCUCUAAUUCACAAAGAAGAAGAUACGAAAAAAUCUAGGAUUGAAUCUCCUGACAGCGGCAACAAUACAAGUUCAUCUCCGAUUGAAUCGAAUGCAAAUUCAAGCCCAACACAGCGAAUACGAAGUUGUUCUGAAUUUGAAUAUUCGGAAUCCUCGGAUUUGGAGUGCGUUGAUCGCAUUGAAAGAAUCCGAGAGAAGACGACAAUCAACACCAGCCGAAUUCCUUCCAUGUGCAUCAUAACACCCACAAAUAGUGAUGAUGAAAGCGGCUCUUUAAAGCAAAGGAAAGAUAAAACAGGUGAAACGGUGCAAACGGAAGUAUUAGAAACGAAAAAAGAUAGCAGCAGUGGUAAGAAAAAUGCGUUACAACCACUGAACAGCAUGUUCGGCAGAUUGAAGGGGGUGUUGAAAAAAUCACCCAGUAAGGAAUCUUCAAUGUCGGAGAAUGUAAACAACGUUGAACCAGUUUACGACGUGACCGGAGAGUACGUUCGCAUUGCCGAAGUAAAAACUACCAAGAAAAUUCAACACAGCGGUGGCGUUUACUAUUCAAACGAUGUGGUAAAACGUAAUUUAGCCACAGUCCUCUCGGGAAAUCUCAACGAAGAAACCGAAUAUGUAUCCUUGAAUGAAUUGCCGUGCAAUAUGCGAUGCGAGAGCAAUGUUCUCUCGCAAAACGACACCCCUCCUGGCGGAAGCGGAAAACUGAAUACUUCGGGUACGGGAGGAGAAGCACCCUCGGCAGGAGAAAACAACGAACAUGCUAUAAAAAGGGGUGCACGCGUGAAACUGGAUGCGCACGGUAAGGUUAUCUACAGUUCGGAUAGUCUGAAGAGGAGAAAGGGUGCGCACACGACCUUUGCGCCGGGUCCAUUUGUGAAAGACGUAAAUACGGCACAGCCACUGACGACCAACACUCCUACUACAAACACUACAACUCGGUCAGCAUCACCAGCAGCAUCCACAGAAAAUGGCAAAUGUGCUGUUGUUGCAUCUCCAUUACUAAGUGGUGGUCUAGCUAACAGGAAACCAAUAGCAGUUAAACCAGUGAUAUCGCAGUCCGCAUUGAAAACGAAAGCAAUCGUCAACACCAAUAGUAAUAUAAGUAAUCAUAGCGACGGAGUGGCAGCCCAUCGUAUGGCCCCAAUUGCCAGUAUUCUUCCCAACAACAGUACGGUGCAAGAAGUGGAAAAAAUAGCUGCAGCAUCACACAUCAUGUCCUCCGGAGUUCUAAAAGGUGCAUACGUUAAUGUACAGGAAUCUAAACCACCGUCUUCAAAACCUCAAUCGAUUCACUAUAUGGAAGCAACAAACUUACAGCAUCCCCAAACAGGUUAUCUACAUUCGUCCCCUGAUGAGUACGUUCAAUAUUAUGGACCACAAACUCACACAUACACGCUUCCCAGGCGCCCCAUGAUUCAUCAAUCAACGGAGCGGCCUCAUAGAAAUAUUACGCCAACUGGAAUACCAAUGGCAUCCAGACAUAUCUAUGGGUAUGACGCCCAAGUUGACAAUAAUGCAAGCACAUUCCACCGGAACAACGAUAUGUACUGGACCUUGCAAACUCGUCGUCGACCAAUUCCAAUGGACCAGCCGAAUAUGCGUGAAGCUCUUAAUUUAUCCCAGCAGAGCGUUAGACCAAUAGAAGAACUCUAUUCAACACCAAACAAGAUCAAAUCAAAUGCACUGAAAACUACACCAACUGGGUUUGCUACGUACUUUUCUCCUAUCGCUAAAAGUAACACGGGUGGUGAAUUAAACGACGAUGUGGAUAGCAGUUUUAAGAUUUCUCCGAUCGACCCUCGGAGUAUUGCUCAUUUCAAAACAUCUACUCCGUCAAAACCAAACGAGACAUCACUUUCUCCUACAAGAUCGCUUACCGAAGAGCUUCGAUAUAGAUUAAGACUGCAACAGGUCGGAGUUCGAUCACAUGGGAAUUCUCCGGUAAGCUCCGGCCGUUCAACACCAAAAAACGUACUUGAAGCACAAGCUCCACGUGGCAGACACAGUUGGGCUUCCAACAGUACCGACAUUCCACAGACAUGCUCUGAUCGACUUGGGACACCAAAAACGAGCCUUAUGGAUUUCAAAAAGUUGCUUCUUGCGCAUGGAUCGAAAUCUAAUAUUUCGUCUGGAAGUAAAAUUUCUGCCGUUGAACUACUUAAGAAAUCAAAAAGUAACGCUCCAGUUAACCCAGUUUCUCCAGUUACAAAAACUUCUGCAAAUAGUAGUUUGAAUAUUUUGGACCUUUCGGGAUCUCCAAAAACAUUCGCUACAAGACGCAUGAUUCGACAAGGAAACUUUGGAAAUGGUUCACCAUCAAAGCUCGGUAAUGUGUCUAAACAUUCUUCAAGGGGUGGUUGGCGGUACAGUAACAUGCGAAGUGAAGUUAUGUCUACCGCCAUCCCCGAAGUCCACAGUGAAGAGGAUAAUUCUAGUGCCAGCACUUCAACCUCUGUUAGUCGCUCACAUUCACAAAGUCGCAAUACAACUCCCACUUCAAUUAGAAAAGAAGUUCACGCUACACCUGAAUCAGUAGAGAAUAAAAUUGUCGAAGAGAAAAUAGCAAACAUCCGCGAGAAUAUAUUUCUGCAAGAGGAUGAAAACAAUUUUAUGAAAGGGGAAGUAGCCAGCCUGGUGCAGAAAACUACAUCUCCUGCCACGACACGUGCUCAACUUCAAGCUCAAAGAGCAAUGUUUCUGAGUAAUAAUAGUCAUAUCAAUUCAGCAACCUUUAAAGACGGGCGAUACAUGGGAAUAAGCAGUUUUGCUACAACUCCACCGAAAAUCAAAAACGAAGUCAAUUAUAGUGGAUCGCCUACGCCCAAAGAAGAUAAUCAACAGAAGCAAACAGCAGCACCUUCACUAGAAACUGCUCUGUAAACGAUUCCAUGAGAGGCCAAAUUCAAAACGCAGCACAACAGAGCAAAUAACUGUUUUUUCUUAUGACCAAAUAAAAACCAGGCAAAAAUCUGCAUUCCGUAUUAUAAUCUCCAUAUCUUCUCAAUGUUUUUAGGUACAGUGAAAUGCUCAAUGAAAAAAAAAAAGAAAAAUAGAAAGAAAUGAAUCACACGACAAUUUUCAGAGCAGAACUUUUCAUGAUAUUUAUAAUCCAACAAUCAGCUACAGUUGUCAAAUUGUAAAAAAAAAACAUUCACGAUACAGUUUAUUUGGUCAUUAAAAUAAACAUUAUUAUAAUGCACGUUGUAUGUAGGAUCAACAUAAACAACAUCAAAUAAUCAUAUUCAAAAUAUUAUUGAAUGUGAACAUUUUUGAUAAUAUUACUCUCAUCGCGGUUCCAAACUCCAUUAAAAGAAAGGCUAGUUAGACCAGAUAUGAAUGUGCAUAUAUGACAAAAUGUGAGUCAAAACUGAAAAUCGAAAGAAAUUUUUUAGUUGCUUUUGUGUAUUGCUUUACACUAUGAGUAGAAAAGCUCUUAGAAAUCAAUUCUAGUAAAUUUGACGCUUUGGAUGCACUUUCAAACUGUGAAAAAUUCAUGCCUUAUUUAAUACAUUAAAUAAAUUUAAAGAUUUCCAUUCUAUUCAAAUUUCAGCUAGUAGCCAUUAUGUUCUCUCCUUGUAUUGAUUUAUUAUUUAUUCUUUAUUUAAUUCAUGUUUUCACUCAUCAUGAAUUGCAAGUGAAUACACCAAGAAAGGCAGUGAUGGGAACGAACUGUAUUGUAUUAGAAGAGCAGCUUAAUAUAUUAUCAAAUUACUGAAUUAUAUUUAUAUCUACAAUAUUAGACUACUUGAUAUUAUACAAAGUAGUAAUGAAAGAAAGUAAAAUUUCUUUAAAGGCGUGUUGUUAAUAUUAAAUAGAAGUAUCUAUCAUGAAGGAGGCAAUCUUUUUUUCAAGCAGGCUAGAAAUUCUAAUUUAUUCAAAAUAUAUUCAACAAUUAUGACUGAAUGACUCUCCAAAAGUUAAGUACUCAGAUUUCGUCCAACUGACAGAGUUUGGUUAAUAAAAAUCAAUAGAUAUAAUGAUAGUCAGUACUUUUAUAUUCUUAUUUUCACUAUUUAUGCUCUCAUUGUUUUCCCAGUUGCAUUUUUCAUUUAAUUUAUUUAUUAGCAUUCGCUUGAGCAAAAUAGAAGUUUUGUUAAAAAAUGACGUCAAAUGUGCUUUAACAUCCGAAAGAAAAAUAAAAUAAGCAAUAAGUUA